UUAUGGCCUAGAAAUUCCACGUGACCACAGCUUGUCGUAACCAGGGCAACGCUUACUGGAAUCCCGGAAAUAACACAAGAAAUACGCGUAACAACAUAACUGCAUGGAGAAUAUGAUGAAGCAGAGUAUUCCAAUUCACAUUCCCACAGAUUCCUGGGAUUCAAAGCAACCUGAAAGAACACGCUUAUGGGUAGAUGAAAUCAAUAGUCAAAGUAGUACUUCAAGAGAUGAAACAUCAGAAAGUCUCAGUGCUCCAGAAGAAGGUGAAGAACAAAGUGAAGAAGAAACUGAAGAAGAAAAUGUUCAAAUGAGGAAAAAUACAUGUACAGAAGACAUUACUGCAGUACCAGCAAAGAAAUUACUACUGGCUCGGGCAAUGGCAGAUAAACUAAUGCAAGAAAAACAGGUAACUGGAGCCAUCAGGGAGUUAAUUCGCUGUGUUGUUCUUGCUAGAAUUACCUAUGGAGAUGGUCACUGGCGGCUUGCACAAUCCCAUGCAAAUCUUGCUUAUGGGUAUUUGCAGCUUAAAGAGCUUCCUUUGCAAGCAAAGCAACAUGCUGAAUCUGCCAAAAAUAUUAUGCUGACCAGAACACACAAACCAGAUUCCGCCAAAGAAAAGAAAGAAAUUCUGGAAACUCUCUUGACUCUCUUUUAUACUUUGGGAGCGGCAAAUCUAAUACUGAAUACUGCAGAAGAUUGUUAUCAGAAUCUACAGAAAGCUGAGAAAAUCAUGGAGGAUAUGCAAAGAAUGUGCAAGACAAAAAAUGAGGAAGCAUGCGUCUCUGAGAAGCAACUUACAAAUGCACUGGGCAGAGCCUGUCUCCUGCAGAACAAUCCAGUACUGGCACGUGAAUACUUUAACAAGACUGCUGCCCUUGUAGCUGCAAAAGAGGGAGACUGUACUGAAGAACUAAUCAGCAUCUACCAUGAUAUGGCAAAAGCUGAACAAAUGAGAGGAAAGCAUGACAAAUCAAUUGAACAUUUAUUACAGGCACACUCAGUUGCUGUGGCUUUGUACACCAAACUCAGUGUAGAAGCAGCUCAGACAGCUCUACAGCUUGCAAAAGGCUAUGCUGCUCCUGGAAGGGUCCAAUAUUUCCAGCCUGCUGAAAUGUACUUUCAAGACAGCAUUAAUGCAUAUCAGACAGCCUUGGGUGCAGACUCUCCGCAGUAUUUCAGUGCAGUGGAUGAUUUCAGCAUCUGGCUCAUACAGACAGGAAACAAAGAGGAAGCUUUUGAUUACCUAAAAAAAUCACUGAAGACUAGACUAGAAGUAUUUGGUGAUUUCAGUGAAAAUGUGGCAGAAACCUAUUACAAACUAGGUAGUAUUUCCAUGGCUGAUGGAGAUGUGAAAAAGGCAUCCAAGUUUCUUAAAAAGUGUGUCAUGAUUCAAAAUGUUGUCUAUGGAGCUCAGCAUAAGAAAACCAGACAAACACAGCAGUUCGUUGACAAGCUACAGAAGAAUGAUUAACCUAUGAAGAAGAUGGAGUUCAUGAGUGAUUACCAGUGAUGCUAUGACCAGCCUUUCUAGUGAAACAACAUGGUUUUCAAAAUGUAAUAAAGAAAUUACAGUCAAUUAGUUAAGCAUUAUCUUUGUUACUAGGUAUACUUUAAUAGUUUUCAAAUUCAUAUAUAGUGAGAUUUAUUUUAAGAAUAUUAAUGGUGUUAGGUAUAACCCCAUCGCUGAAUACUCUUGUAGUACAGAGGGUAUAAUUUAUGUGUUAAAGUAUCCCUGUAAUCUUCUUUAUAUUGGUGAAAGUAAAAUAAUUUUCAGAGUAAGAUUGUAGGAGCACUUGAGGGAUAUUAGAAAUAAUAAAUGUGAAAGUCCUUUAGCAGUCCAUUUUAAUUCAGUUCAUGGAGGGGUAGUUAAUAAUUUAAAAGGCUGUAUUUUAAACCAGGUUACAGUGUACAAUAGUUUUCUUUUAAAAAAUAAAUUGUUAUUUAAGGAAA